GGGAACAGAAUGUGGGUGAGAGGGUUAUACAUUGCGGCCGGUGUGUUAAAUUCUACUGCUCGUUUUUUUGGGGGGGGGGGGAAAUAAACAAGUCCUGUCAUGGUACCGAUGAAGUGAACUAACUGAGGCGUCCACUGUGAAUCAAACCACCAAUUCCUCAUUUGGAUAUUAAAAACAGGGAUGAGGACCGAAUAGAUGUCUUCAUUGGAUUAUAGGGGAUCACAACGCAGUUAAGAACAAGACCUGGCUACCAAGUUGCAUAAAUGGAAAGACACGAAUGGAUGCGACAUCAAUGUCGAAAGCUGUUUGUGCGAGAAAGGGAUCAAGGUGCCAUGUCAACCCAAAGUUCAGAGGAUUCUCACCCCCCCCCACUGAAAUUUAAAGCAAAAAGAACAAUAAGUGUUGGGCAUUGGCCCCAUCAGCAAGAAUACAGAGAUGUUGCCCAAAGUUACAAGGGCAACAUCAUCCACACAACCAAGUACAGUUUGUUGACCUUCAUCCCCAUGAACCUGUUUCAGCAGUUUCACAGGGCAGCCAACCUCUACUUCCUGUUCCUGAUUUUGCUGAACUGGGUACCGGUGGUUGAAGCCUUUCAAAAGGAAAUUACAAUGAUUCCUUUGCUGGUGGUACUCACUGUCAUCGCUGUCAAAGAUGCCUUGGAAGACUACAGACGCUAUCUCUCUGAUAAAAAGAUCAACAACAGAAUAGUACAAGUGUAUUGUGGCAAGCAGAACGCCUACAUUGGUAAACGCUGGAAAGAUGUUCAAGUGGGAGACUUUAUUCGCCUGUCCUGCAAUGAUGUCAUCCCAGCUGACAUUUUGCUCCUGUAUUCCUCCGACCCUCACGGCAUAUGUUACAUUGAGACUGCCAACCUGGAUGGAGAAACCAACCUGAAGCAGAGACAGAUGGUGUCAGGCCUUCCACUGCAGGGAGUGGAGUUUAACCCUGCGAGCUGCUUCAUUCGUAUUGAGUGUGAGAAUCCCACCAAUGACCUUUGCACGUUUCGAGGGUUUAUAGAGCACUAUAGUGGAGCAUGUGCUGGACUUGACAAUAUGAAUCUCCUGCUUCGAAGUUGUACCAUUCGCAACACUGAGACUGUGGUUGGCAUCGUGGUCUAUGCAGGACAUGAGACCAAAGCCAUGAUGAACAACAGCGGGCCCAGGUAUAAAUGUAGCCAUCUGGAAAAAGACCUAAACAAUGAAAUCUUGUGGUGUGUGCUCUUGCUGGUCAUGAUGUGUCUCACAACAGCUAUAGGCCAUGGACUCUGGUUGAAGCAAUUCAAACAUACAGUCUUUUUGGUUGAUGAAGAUAUGCCACCUGCCUUGGCUGGCUUUUAUGUGUUUUGGACCAUGAUAAUUGUGCUGCAAGUGAUGAUUCCCAUCUCUCUCUAUGUGUCUAUUGAGAUUGUGAAGCUGGGUCAGAUCUACUUCAUUCAAAACGAUCUUGACCUUUACAAUGAGCAUGCAGGCUGCAGAAUCCAGUGCCGUGCACUAAACAUCACUGAGAACCUCGGUCAGAUCCGGUACUUGUUCUCUGAUAAGACCGGAACUCUAACAGAAAACAACAUGGUGUUUCGCCGCUGCAGUAUUUAUGGGAUUGAAUAUCCUCAUGUGGAAAAUGGUUGCCGACUGGAAAUGUACGAGGCAAAGGAGAAUGAAGCUGCUGGUUGCUCUGUAACUCUAAAAUCUGCCUGCAGAGGUAAAUCUCUGAGCUGUCGUUCCCUCAGCUGCAACCGCAGCUCACUAUCCCUUCACACACUCGCUGCUGAGUCUGAGGAAGACAGGCAACUGUCAAAUGACUUCCUUCCUCUGACCAGUGCCUUUUGCAGCCGAAUGGCAAAGGAGGUGAUACCAGACCCCGACCUAGUGAAUAAGUUGAGCAGGCUUUGCGCUCCGAUGCUGCUUUCCGGGGAUGUAACUUUUGAGACGACAUCCAGUUUGGAACUCAACUACAUUACAGACUUUUUCCUCGCAUUGGCCAUUUGCAACACUGUGGUGGUUUCAUCACCCAUGCAAUCUCAACAUUCGGCUCAAUCACAAACACUUUCUAAGUCUCUGGAUGGAAUCAAACUGCUAUUCCAGCGUUCCAGCUUGCCACUUUUCUCAGCCCUCGCCACACAUUCACCUACUCGGAGCAGAGGCAGUCAUGGAAAAACAGAUGACAUAUUCCAUAGUCGGAAUUCAUAUUCCAAUGGGGCCAGUGACAACGAGGAGGACAUGAGAAAUGAACGCGGGGCUGAGAAUGACACAGAUAAUGAACUAAUGUAUGAGGCGGUGAGUCCAGACGAGGCUGCUCUGGUCCAUGCAGCUAAAGCGUAUCACUGCACCCUGCGGGGACGAUCGGCAGAUAGCUUCCUCGUAGACCUACCUGGAAUUGGUGCCAUGACUGUCCGGCUACUCCACAUCCUGCCCUUUGACUGCAACAGGAAAAGGAUGUCUGUAGUGGUCCGCCACCCUCUCACAGGACAAGUGGUGGUCUUGACAAAGGGGGCUGAUUCAGCCAUCAUGAAUCUUUUGGAGACACCUAAAGGUGGAGAACAAGCUCAGGAGACUGACAUUCAUAUCAGAGAGCAAACCCAGAAGCAUGUAGACAACUAUGCAAGAGAAGGUCUUCGUACUCUUUGCAUUGCUAGAAAGGUUCUGGAGGAAGAGGAGUAUGAAGUGUGGCUGAAGGGACAGUUGCUGGCAGAGAGCAACAUAGACAACAGAGAAGAGCUGCUGAAGGUUUCCGCUGAGAAAUUGGAGACCAACCUCACGCUUUUGGGUACCACAGGAAUUCUAGACAGACUGCAAGAAGAUGUGCCAGAGACGAUUGAAUCUCUCCAGAGGGCUGGCAUCAAAGUUUGGGUGCUCACUGGAGACAAACAGGAGACAGCUGUCAACAUCGCCUACGCUUGUAAACUCAUCCAUCCCAGUGACCAAAUUCUGACUGUCAACUGUCAAAGCAAGGAUGACUGUGCUGCAUUGCUGGAGGAUCUUAAAUUAGAAGUGCAGUGCAGUCAAGAGCGAAUCAGUCAAAAAAAGACUGCAGAGGAUCAUGGAGGAUUGUCGUCAGGCAGCAAGGUCGGCUUCAUUUUGGUCAUCGAUGGCCGUACGCUUAACUGGACACUUGAGGAUGCCUCAAACUGCUUUCUGGAGCUCAGCCAUUCCUGCAAAGCUGUCAUCUGCUGUCGCUCCACUCCACUGCAAAAGAGCCAAGUGGUGCGGUUGAUUCGGGACAAGCUCAAAGUCAUGACUCUGGCAGUUGGUGAUGGAGCCAAUGAUGUGAGCAUGAUCCAGGUGGCAGAUGUGGGCAUUGGCAUAUCUGGUCAGGAAGGCAUGCAGGCUGUGAUGUCCAGUGACUUUGCCAUUUCCAGGUUUAAGCAUCUCUGUCGGCUGUUGCUGGUCCAUGGCCACUGGUGUUUCUCUCGUCUUGCAAAUAUGAUGUUAUAUUUUAUCUACAAGAAUGUGAUGUUUGUAAACCUGUUGUUUUGGUAUCAGUUCUUCUGUGGUUUCUCUGGGAGCGUUAUGACCAACUCCUGGGUUCUGAUCCUCUUCAACCUGUUCUUCACCUCCAUUCCUCCUCUCAUCUACGGCAUCCUGGACAAAGACAUACCUGCUGAGCAACUGAUGCGAGUGUCUGAGCUUUACCAAGCUGUGCACGCCUCUCAGGCCUCUCCACCAUUUGUCUUCUGGUUCACAGUCCUGGAUGCCUUUUACCAAAGUCUUGUCUGCUUUUUUGUGCCUUAUUUUGCUUACGUUGGAUCAGACAUUGGAGAGCUGGCCUUUGGCUCACCAAUCAAUGCUUCGGCUCUCCUCAUCAUCUUGCUUCACCAAGUCAUUGAAAGUCAUACUCUGACGUGGAUUCAUGUUUUCGUAUUGGUGGUCAGCGCGGGGUCGUACUUUGUCUUUGUGCUGCUCUUCAGCGUUUGCUGUCUGACCUGCAGUCCUCCCACUAACCCUGUGGGUGUAGAGAUGUUGCAAAUGUCCCAGCCUCUCUUUUACAUCGUGUGUACCCUCACGACUGUGACAGCACUGAUGCCCAGACUGUUGUUCCGGACAAUUCACAACACCAUGCACUUGUCUGCUCUGAUUCAAACAUCUCUCAGGGAAGUAGAAUGAGAGAAGUGCCAAGGAAGAAUGCAGCACUAGAACUUAAACCUCUCUGUGGCAGCCAGAGUGUGAGGACAACCCCACUUGGAGCCCAGCACAAAAUCAAUAAUAAUGGUCUGCACCAGAAAAUAAAGAAUGACAGAAAUA